CUUGACCAGAUUAACAACUCGUAAAUCGUUUUUAUGUCGUUCUUAUAAAAAACUGUAUGGCACUUGCUGUUCUUUUUUCAGUUGCUUCACCGAACUCUUCCUAUUUGUGGUAAGGAGAUUAUUCUAUUGCAUGCCUUGAGCAGCGAACUCGAACCCUACGAACCGACACACUAAAAUAUCUUCCAAGAAUACGAAGACUUUUUAAGCUCUACAUCUGCGGUUAUUCAACAAAGUUUUGGCUUUUGGGUCUUCCAUAAAUGACCUUACUCGUUUACCUUAGACAGCGGAGUUUACUGUUUUCGUACAUUAGGUUAUACCCGAGACAGACAUGUAGUAACAAUACCAUAUAUGGUACAAAUACCAUACGAGUAUGUGUGUCACCAAACACUAGCAAAAUACCAUAUGAGCAAUGUAGUACGAGUAUUUUAAGUCAUUUUGACAGAAUAUUUCGAGGAGCUUUUGUGUAAAAGCUUUUAGCAAAGUUUGUUACCUUUUUAGCUGUGUUUAUGGAAAUACCACAAUGAAACAUUUUAGUAUUGUUACCAGCCAAAAGUACUACAUUGCUCAUAUGGUAUUUGUCUAGUAUUUGGUGACACAUGUCUGUCACGGCUAUAAACAAAAAAUGGAAAAUUAUACGAAAAACACGCGCAUUUAUUUAGGGACUUCUGAGACGAAGUGCCUCAUUGAAGUAUGGGGCCAAAACAUUGAAAAACUACGAGAAACCCACAAAAAUAAACAUGUGCUACAAAACAUGUGCGCACAACUCAAAAACGAGCACAAGAUAUGUUUGAAUGUUGUAGAGAUGCGUACGCGAUUAAAUAAUUUAACUAAAAGAUAUAGGCAAGAAAAACGUAAUAUUGGUCCUAGUGGUGGUUCUCCGUCAGAGUGGCAGUUCUACAACGACGUGCAUAAGGUUUUGAGUGUACAAACCAUUAACAAAACACUGGAUAGUGAGUCAUCAUGCGCUGAAGUACAGGCUGAUGAACCAACUACAAGUGCUAAUACGAGAAAUGAACGAAAACGAAAACGAAAACGCCAAGAUGAUCGCUUUUUCCAAUUGAUAAAAGAUGAACAGGAAAUGAUGCAGAAAUAUGUAGAAAAAUCAUUAGAAAAUUAAGAAAAAAUUAUAAAAUUACUAGAAGAAAACAACACAUUGCUUACUGCGUUAAUAAAUAAAUAAACAUAUUUAUUUUAAACAUAUUUUUUUAUUUUGUACAUUUGUAUGGUACUUGAAAACAAUUAUACCAGCUCAGUUUGCAUUAUACGUAUCGUUAGAUAAAGGAUAAAUAUUAGAUUCAAACGUGUUCCAGACCUAAGAACAUCACUCGCUUUCAAGCAGGUUCGAAUAAUAAGUGAAGCCCCAACUAUAGUCUAUAAAAUAUACAUACUUAUAUAAUAUAUAUUUGGCUUGGAAAAAAGCGGUCACGCACCGUUGAUACAGUCAUGGGUUUUAGUCACUUGUCACAACAGCAACACCAUUUCGUAUUCUGGGUCAAAGGUUGACAAGGUGUAAUUGGAAUUUGAAUGCGCAACAGUAAAUGGUGAAUGAAAAUGAAAGUAAGGCAUUCAACCGGCCAGCAAGUAUACAAACUUUAGUUUAGUUUUUUGCAGUAUAUGCAGCAAAUCGUAAAAAAUGUUUAAGCGGGCCUUUGGAGCCUUUCUAAUCACUUUCACACUUUUACAGUGCUGUAGUGGCAAUAGCGAUGGUAUCAGGUAAAUAUUUUAUAGUUGAGAGUUAAACACCACGCGCUUAUUUAAUUUACACGCCAGCAUCAUAGAAACUGAAAUCGGAGAUGUGUCACACCAAACCUUGCAUCAACUACUCACCACGCUCUUGGCAGCCGCACGUAUUGAACGCUGUUUCGUCAUUAUUACCGAUAGCAAUUAUUACCAGCUCUACAAUGGCCAAUUCUUUCGCAGCCUACGCUGACAAAGCGCCUACUACUUUCUUAAUGUACCGCCAACGGAGGACUUGUUGGCGCCCAAUUAUCAAAUGGUGCGGGUCUUAAAGCAAAUACGCAAACAAAAUUGUGAAUUCAUGCUCGUGACACUCUUGAAUGGGCUGCAGGUGCAGCGCUUCUUACGUUUUGUGGAGAAGAAUCGUUUGCUAAACUUACAACAACGUUUUGUGUUGCUCGAGGAUUCGCGCCUCAUGGCGGCCGAAAUGUGGUACAUAUGGAGUAAUAUGAUAUCAACUGUAUUCGUGAAGCCGCUCGACAAUCAAAGAUUUCUCUUAAACACAAUUGCAUACCCUGAAAUAUUGAAUGGUGUGGUGGUCACGAAACGCCUGAUGUUUUGGGAGCAAGGGAAGCAUAUAAAAAUUAACCAAUUGUUUCAGGAUAGAACAUCGAAUAUGAAAGGCUUUGCCAUGCCCAUCGUUGUCUUCGAACAUGUGCCCAUGGUUAGACGUCACACAGAUAACGCCACCUUGGUCGGACUUGAGGUGGAAAUACUCAAAUCACUUGGUGUCAAACUAAACUUCAAACCCGAUUUCUAUGAAACCAACGAUGCUGCCUACGAGCAUUGGGGCAAAGAGUUGCCGAAUGGCAGUUAUUCGGGCGUGCUGGGUGAUAUGGCAAAUCGUAACGCUCGCAUCGCCAUCGGCAAUCUGCACAUGUUUAAAGUUUAUGCCUCUGUUAUGGACUUCUCUUGGCCGCAUAGUUUCGAGUGUCUGACAUUUUUAACACCGGAGUCUUCACAGGAUGACAGCUGGCGCACACUUAUACAGCCUUUCAGCGGCAGCAUGUGGGCCGGCGUUUUAUUCUCACUCUUCGUUGUGGGUACAGUGUUCUAUCUGAUCUCUUGUUUGCACGCCAUACUACUACAUCGACGAUCACGACGCACGCCACGCAUAUUGAAUUGGUCGGAAUGGCGCAGUAAGGGACUCUUACGACCGUCGCGCAGUAUUGAUACGAAACUUUUCCGUGAUGUUCAAUUCCGUCGUUAUUUGGGACAGCUAAAAUCACUGCCGUUGAAAAAUACCGACCUUUUUGAUGACUAUUCCAAUUGUUUGCUCUUCACCUAUAGCAUGUUGAUGUAUGUUUCGUUGCCACGUCUGCCGCGCACAUGGAGUUUACGGGUGCUCACCGGCUGGUAUUGGCUCUAUUGCAUUUUGCUUACGGUCAUCUACAGAGCAAGCUUAACAGCAAUACUUGCGAAUCCCGAAGAGCGAAUCACUAUUGAUACGUUGGACGAACUUUCUGCGAGCUAUGUGACCAGCACCGCUUGGGUGCAUGAGAAUAAACAAUUCUUUGUCGAGGCGUUCGAUGAGACCGCCCAGGAGAUCGGACGUAAAAUGGAGAUAGUAGACAACAUCGACAGUGUGACCGAACGUAUUGCCAAAGGUGAAUAUGCCUAUUUCGAUAACGAGUAUUUCCUACGUUACUUACGUAUGAAGGGCGCUCAGCGUCGCGAGGAGCAACAAUUCACCGAAGUAGUACUGCACAUAAUGCGACAGUGUGUCAUACAAAUGCCCGUGGUUUUGGGUCUCGAAAAAAAUUCACCACUACAACCUAACGUUAAUAAAUAUUUGAGGCGUCUAAGUGAGGGGGGUCUCAUUACCAAAUGGCUCAAAGAUUCCAUUGCCGAACUCCCCGCCGAGGAGCGUACACCACAAGAGGCUGUAAUGGACUUGCCAAAGAUAUGGAGCUCCUUUGUAGCGCUUGGCAUUGGUUAUUUGUUAGGACUCUUUGCGAUAGCCGGUGAAUGGCUGCACUACGAAUAUGUGGUGCGAAAGCAUCCACUCUACGAUGUCUACAACAAAAAUUUGUAUUACAAUUUUAAGCGUAAAUUUUCGAGUUACUAAUUUGUGUAAGAAUACAUACAAUAUUCUCAAACAGAGUUGCAAAUAAUGCAUUAAAAAGUAAUUUAA